AGGAUGGUCUGACUGGAAGCGCGUGGGGUGACUGGGCCAACUACACAGCCUCCCCGCUCCGGGCUUUUGAGAAUGAGCUGGGUGUGCAGGCCCUUUCACUUUGACAUUCUUCAGGAUGGAGACGUGGAGGCCUUCAAGCGCCGCCGCGCAACAGAGCUGAAGAACGGACGUGUGGCCAUGUUGGCCACCAUGGGCUACAUCGUCCCGGAAUACUUCCGCUUCCCAGGAUACUGCUCUCCCACUGAAGGGGUGAAAUUUGCUGACGUGCCCAAUGGCUUGGCAGCACUUGGGAAGGUGCCUGCAGCUGGGUGGACACAGAUCUUCCUCUUCCUUGGUCUGGUGGAGAAGGGAAUCUACACUUAUGAUCCUACUCGUUCCCCUGGCGACUUCAAGAGUGCAGGUGUGCUGGGCGCGCCCAACGGCAGCACAAUGGUGCCUGGUGAGGGACGCACUCGCAAGCUGAACUCCGAACUCGCCAACGGGCGCCUGGCAAUGAUGGCAAUCAUUGGCAUGUUUUUUCAGGAUGGCCUCACUGGCUCUGCCUGGGGGGAUUGGGCAGCGUACACCGAUUCCCCUCUGAGAGCCUUCGAGAACGAGCUUGGUGUCCAGGCCCCAGUGGGCUACUUCGACCCCAUGGGCUUGGCCAAGGACGGGGACGUGAAGACCUUUCGCCGCCGCCGGGAGAGCGAGCUGAAGAACGGCCGUGUGGCGAUGUUCGCCACUAUGGGCUUCAUCCUGCCGGAGUACUUCCGCUUCCCUGGCUACCUCUCGCCUGCGAAGGGGCUCAAGUUCGCUGAUGUUCCAAAUGGCUUGGCAGCGCUCUCCAAGGUGCCUUUGACUGGCUGGAUCCAGAUCUUCCUCUUCUGUGGCAUGGUGGACUUCGGCCUCUACAGGGCAGAUGAUUCUCGGGACCCUGGAGACUAUGAGAAUGCCGGCAUCUUGGGCGUGCCCAAUGCCAGCGGCCCCAUGAGCGACGCCGAGGGCCGCAAAAGGAAGUUGAAUUCGGAGCUGGCCAACGGCCGCCUUGCAAUGGUGGCGAUCACUGGAAUGCUUUUCCAGAAUGGCAUGUUUGGCACCACUGGUCCAGCCAUGUGGGGCUUCUAGUCAGCGACUGAGCAGGCCCUUCACUGGCAUACGAAGAUUCUGCUGGCGGUAGGCUCAGGAGGUAGUUAGCAAGACAGUGCAUUCAACCUGUAUAGACUAUAGGCAUUCUAUUGGACGCAGCCAGAUCACUGCGUGCUGGGCGGGAAAGACAAAACUUGACAUAACAGUCCAACACACACACAGAGAUUUCAUUGUUUUGCCUGACAACUUCCAAUCCAAGGCAAACUAGAAGAACAGUGACCGGUGGGCAGGCAACAAUAUUGGGGAUGCAAUGCGCAGGGAUACAAAUAGAACUCGAGAUAUAGAAAGGCACUGGCAACGCACUAUGUAGUAUGUAUCUCGCCAAAUAGUUCGGAAGCUCCUCCCGACAAGAAGUGCGUGCGCAGGGUGAAUUGGUCUGCCUGCGCUGCCGCUUCACUGUGCCAUCACUGUGAUGAAUUUUGCGGGCGGUGUGGACAUCAGUCAUCAGUGUACAGGCCGUGUGCUUGGCAGGCAAAAGUGGUGACUUUAAGAGGGUAGCCGCCUUG